GCAAGGGUUUCUGGGAAUGUCAACAAGCCUGUGCGUGCGUGCGUGAGUCAUUGCGUGAACACGUUAUUUUGUCAGCGCCGCAUUUUUGUCACUUUUUUCGCCUCGACGCUCCAGUGAUCGACCUUGUUCCGUUGUGCUGUGACCGAACGAGCCAUAUGGAGGUGCCGCUGAGACCACGUUGACUGACGGCGCCCGGCGAGGCAUCGUGACCGCGUCCGCGUCGACCCCUCUCAACGAAAAAAGAAAAGAGCGUAGCUGCUGUUCCGCCAGCACCAACAGCGGCGCGUCUCCUGCCAGUCGCCGUGUCCUCAAUUCCCCGUGGUGGUGGUGCACGUGGAGGCACCCGGUGGUGAUGGAGCAUGGGGGGAUGCCUCAGUCUUGACGAUGAGGAGAGGAAGGCGCGCCUGCGCAGUGCCCAGAUCGACCGGCAGAUCGCCGAGCUUGCACGCCAGGAGUGCAAUGUCAUCAAGAUCCUGCUGCUCGGUGCUGGGGAGAGCGGCAAGAGCACCAUCGUGAAGCAGAUGAAAAUCAUCCACAGCGAAGGCUUCUCUGAUGAAGAGCUGCGCAGCUUCAGGCCAACGGUGUUGGACAACCUGCUGGGCUCUAUGAAGUACGUCCUGACUGGCAUGGGCAUCUUGCGCAUCAACCUCGAGAAUCCCAAGAACAAGAUGUAUGCGCAGACGGUGCUGAGCUGUCAGUGCUGCUUUGACGAGAGCAUGACCAUGCUGCCAUUUGUGGCGUCCGCCCUGAAGAACCUAUGGAACGACAAGGGUGUCCGGUUGGCUGUCGCACGGGGCUUCGAGUACGAGCUCAACGACUCUGCGCUGUACCUGUUUGAGAACAUGGACCGCAUCUGCACGGAGAAGUACAUGCCGACGCCACGGGACGUACUCAGGGCCCGAGUGCGCACCAACGGCAUCAUCGAGACCCACUUCAAGAUCGACGACAUUGUCUUCAGGAUGUUUGACGUGGGUGGCCAGCGGUCAGAACGGCGCAAGUGGAUCCAGUGCUUUGACGACGUCAAGGCCGUCCUCUACGUUGUGGCUCUGAGCGGCUACGACAUGACCCUCCAGGAGGACCCCUCUGUGAACCGGCUGCACGAGAGCCUGAAGCUGUUCUCUUCCAUCUGCAACAACAUGUUCUUCACCGACACGUCCAUGAUCUUGUUUCUGAACAAGCUGGACCUGUUCCGAGAAAAGAUCCUCUACUCGGACCGACAUCUGCGCUAUUACAUGCCGGACUACAAAGGUGCCGACUACGACGUGGACAGCGGUGCACUCUUCAUCCAGCACAAGUUCCAGAGCCGCAACCGGGACCCUAACAAGGUGGUGUACCCUCACUUCACCACGGCCACUGACACCAGCAACGUCCAGGUGGUGUUCCAGGUUGCCAUGGACACCGUCCUGAGAGGAAACCUGCGCACUGCCACCCUCCUUUAGGUUCCCGGCACAGUCACUCCACGGUCAGUUCGUGGUCGGCCUGGCAAUGAUCGGUGCUACUUGGCUUGCGAACAAAAGGCAGCAUGUCAGAGAUCUCGGGACAAGCACAGUUUCUCAUAUGCUUUGCGGAGUGUAGCAGGUGUCUGUACAUGUGUACACUUGCUAUGCAACUGUCCAGUCAGCAUGCGGGCAACGAAUGCACGCUGCAGUUAGUCGAGUUCAUUGUGUUUUUCUUUGUACAUUUGCCCAUGAUUUGGAUCUGUGGACGCUGGAGACAUCUGUGCCGCUUGUGGUCCCGUGUCGUGACCAGCUGUCAGACAGGUUCCGUGCUGACGACUAAAGAGAGGGUCUCCCGCUCUCGCUGGAGCCUUCGUGCUCUAAUCUUGUAUCGACACUGCUGCGUAGCAGGCAGAAGGAAAUUGGGAGUUUUAAUUGGUCUGUAAACAUAUUUCCCUUAGGUAUCGAUGACGUAAAUGUGGGUGGCCAUUAUGGUGGUGCCAUCUGGUGACGUGGAGUUUAACCAGAGAAGACACAGAGCUACUAUUGGCAUUGAUUAAGUUUGUUCUACUUAGCUGAUGUUAAUUUUUGGGCUACCACGUAGUCAUUAACGUACGGCUUUUCUUCAUUUUUGUUCAACAAGAACACCCACGUAAACACGAAAACCUGUCUACUGUGUUGUGGUUACCCAAAGCGUCACAAGAUGUCGCCACCAGUGUUCUUUCUGCAGUUCACGUCCCCUGUAUCCCAGUGUUACAUAAAGGUUGAUGUGUUUACGGACAAACUAAAACUCUUUUACAGGCGGGAAAGUCGUUUGAAGAUGUGUCCGCUAUAGUAGGAGGACAGCUCCUUCUUGUUUAAAGGCAGUGCUUCUAUUUGAAACUGCAAGUUACGGCAAUCUGGUUACCUUGCUGCUCGGGGUAAUGUAGAUCCCUGUCGAGAAUCUCCCCCUCACUCGUACUCUGUUCAUCUCUGGUAAUGAUCACUUUUGCCACAGGGUUAUUGACUCUGAUGUGAGUUCGUCCUUAUGUACACAUGAGCUGUGGGAGAAAGAAAGAAUCAGUGGAUGGCUUCCUUGGGGAACAAGCUGCAGCUCGCGUGCAAUAUGCGUCCACUCCACCUUUUGGCGUGUUCAUGUGUGAGCGGCAUCUGUAAUUGCCGCCUCUGCAUUUCUUUCGAUUGGUUUGGUAGUGGAUCUUCAGCCCUCGGGUGUGGUCCUGGCUUUGCCUAUCUGUAACUUAUAAUUUUUUUUCAACCAUGUGGUGAAAUUGUGCAAUAUUAUGUUCAAACUGCUCGCCCCCGUGAAAAUACGGCUGUAAGUUCCGGUGAAACUCAAACGUGGCUGUAGGUUCCAGUGAAACUGAAACGUAAAUUCUUGUCAGUACAUCAGUCGCAUCCUGGGAACCUUGCUGCACGUCUCUUGGAAGCGUAUCUUUAGCUCGUCACUCUGCAGUGCUUCGAAGUACAGCUACGUAUUUAUUUGGUUUGUCGAAAUGGAGCAUUCAUUUGGCCAGUUUUGUUCAGGCAGUUGGCACCAACGGAAAGCGCUCUGAUAUUUUUUCGCCAUUUUCUGAGCGCCUUUUCGGUCAAAGGAGCUGUGAGGUCUGGCUGGUGCAUGGCCACGUGACAGUGUGGUCACCCCUCACUCAGAGGCAAGCUCCGAGGUGCAAAAGUUGUCCAUCUCCGUUUUUCCGGUGUUCUUGUUCCUACGAAAACCUGACAAGUAUUCAGCUCGGGCGCCCUGACUCCGGCUUAAAAGUCUGAGAACGACCAGCUGAGGAUACCGUUGCCAAGUACAACCACUUCUUUAUAGAGCGGCGAGGCUUGAGGGCUGCAGUCGAAUCAAAAAUGGAAAAUUAUGCAUUGUUUAUUUUUCGGAACAGUAUAUACAAUAUUUUGGUUGUGGUUCCUAUGUAACGGACAUGUCCAUAAAGAGCAGCCUUUCGGCUACCUACCCUGCUCAUGAUUAGUAUACCGGUUGGUGUGGUUGUUAGUGCAGCCGAUGUAAAGCCCACGCGGGAUGCAAAGUGCCUUCUAGGGACGAGAGGUCCUUAUACAGACUCGGAUAUCGUAGAAUAUGGCUUCUGUUUACCAGUCGUGUUUGUUUUUACGCACUGAAGCAGUUGGCAUGCUCGCUACCAAAAUUUCCUUGUAGCCCUAUUCCUGACUCGCCAUUUGGUCACCAGUAACGACUUCAUUCCGAAAUAAUUUGAUGGUCACCUAAAGUAAGCGUCAGCAUGACUACUGCAUGAUGAACGUGCUGGGAUACCAACCGCAAUGGUGGUGCCACGCACUCUAAUUGCACCGGUGUUAGUCCAUUUGUUGUUCCACUAUGCCGAUCUGACUGUAAAUGGUGGGAAAUAGUUUGAAGCGCAAAUACACAGACACAAAAGAGCACACGAGACACAGACGGGCGCGCUCGUCUGUGUCUCGUGUGCUCUUUUGUGUCUGUGUAUUUGCGCUUCAAACUAUUUCCGAUGUAC